AUGAAGAUAUGGUAUUGCUUCACCCCCCUCAUCACUUAUGUUGCAGAUACUCCAGAGGAACUCAUAAUUGCAUGCGCCACUAUGAACUCAUUACCUGUCACUAUAGCUACCUGUGGAGACUUUGGAGACCCAAUCCAACACCCUCCUUGUGAUGGAUCAUCAACCCUUGCCAACAUCACAGCAAUUAUCACAUCUAUCUUGCCAUCCGAUCUCAUUGUGUUCUUCAAGGCAUGCAAGCACUAUAAUCUAAACGGUGUCAACUUGCCAUUCUGGAGGAAUUGGUUUGCUGCAAAUCCUUCCUCCUUCCUCAUUCCAGAACUACUUCACCAUCUCCAUAAAAUGUUCUGGGACCAUGACCAUCUCUGGUGCACAACAGUGGUUGGCUCACAAGAAAUUGAUUUUCGUUUUGUGCUGCUCCAGGUGUGGACUGACCAUCACAAUGUUCAAUGGUAUAUCAUUGGGGUGAUUGCUGGUGCUGCCCCUACCGACUUCAUAUCUGCUAUUCGGGCCCUCAUGGAGUUUAAAUACCUCACUGAAGCCCCACAUUUCACCAAAAAGCAAGUGGUACAUUUAGACUGCUGUCUUAAAGUCUUUCAUUGGCUCAAACAGUCUAUUGUUGACACUGGUGCUUGGUGGGGGAAAGGGGGUGGGGAUAAGCCAUGGGCGAUUCCAAAGCUCGAGUUGCUGCAGGGGGUAGUGCCCAGUAUUUAUUCACAUGGCACUGUCAUGCAGUGGUCUACAGACCCCACUGAACAUGUGCACAUCAGGGUUGUGAAGGAGCCAUCGAGGGCAGGGAACAAUCAUAACUAUGAUGCACAAGUGUGUCGCCACCUUGAUCGUCGCGAUAAGGUGGAGUGCUUUGACCUCAUACUCCAGAUCUAUGACCCCACCCUCAUGAAAAUGACAGUGGAUAAGGCUGCUGGAAACUUCUCUCUUCCUGACCUUUGUCCUGCAGUCUCUGAUCAUCUCAACUAG